CAACAUUUGACUUUGUCAUGACUUGUUGGAGUCACCUAUCUGGUUGCUGCCAGAGGCUUCAGUCCUGAUCAGUAGGGCUACUGAUCCAAAAUUCCAGGAUGCAGCUGCUGAACUGUAUGGCUUUUGCCUUCUUCUUGCUGUGCUCUGCUUGGCAGACAUCUGUUUCAGAAGUGGCUGAACACCAUGCUGAAAAUUCUUCAAACUCAAUCCUAUGCCUUAAUGUAGACUACUGCCCAGAAGCAGCCAAAUGCUGCCAGCUUGGGGUGGACGAAUAUGGCUGGAUUGCUGCUGCGGUUGGCUGGAGCCUAUGGUUUCUCACUCUCAUCCUCUUCUGCAUUGAUAAACUCAUGAAACUCCAGCCUGAUGAACCUAAACACCUGGGAGCCUGAGAAUCAACAAAGCUGAGAAACACUUCUACCUGUCUUUGCUUCAGACAUUCAUGUAGCUUCCUUUGCUGCUGGAGCGUAGAAGGACAUUUGUGAACAGCGUACUGCACAGAGCGCCCUAGACACUGCAGAACGAUGCCAUAUUGUUAUUGUGCACCCGUCCUGCCAAAUAAUUUAUUUACUUCAUCUUAACUCCAUCUAUACCCCAUCAUUCUCACCACCUACAUUUAUCCGCACAAUUCUGUGAAGUAAGUUUGGCUGAGUAUGUGGACUGGUCUAAGGUCAUCCAGCAACCUUCUGUGACAGAGUAGGGAUUUGAACCCAGGUCUCCUAGAUCAUAGUCCAACACUUUAGCUCCUUAUUGCAGCUUCUAUUUAUAGCCCCAUCAAAUACAAUGGCUGCAUUCAUCUGAAUUCCCUGAUCUCAGCUGUGAAUUUAUCAUCCAUGAUAAAAGGUUGGCUUAUUCUCUCUAAAACUAGGAAGGGAAGGGAAAUCUUCAACUCUUGAGCUAGUCAGCAUUUACUUCUAAUGAAACACAUUGUGAAAUUUUUCCAGGGUUAAUGAUCUGAAUCACAGCUCAAAGUGUUGCUUUCAGGACAAUUUUUUAAAAAAAAAAUUAAAUAUAAGUCAGGCAGGCACCGUGCAAAAUAGUAAAAAAAACUUGCUAGUCAUGCUAUGCCCAACUCUAAGAGGAGAGUUGGUGUAUUUCUUCUCUGUGGUCCAUAUAUCAAACACAGAACCAAAUUCUUGCACAACAAUUCAAUUGUGUUUUCAUUAUCUGAAGGCUCAUUUCAUAACAGCAUAGUUACAUAGCAUAAAUGCCACCACAAAACUUCUGGUAUUUUCAUGAUAACUCUAUUUUCUUAAACAGUGGUGUUCACUAGCACAGCAGGAUUUGAAUCCAGUGGCACCUUAGUGACCAACAAGAUUUUCAGGGUGGAAGCUUUCAGGAGUCAGAACUCCCUGUCUGAAGAAGGGAGCUCUGACUCUCAAAAGCUUACGUCCUGAAAAUCUUCUUGGUCUCUGAGUUGCCAUUGGACUCUAAACCUGCUGUUCCACUGCAGACCAAUAUGGCUACCCACCUAAAACUAUCCUCACUGUGUUCACCAGGACAGUACAAAAGGCAGAGAAGGAAGGAAGGAAGGAUGUAAGGGCUGUCACUUCAUUUAUUCAGGUCACAUAUUCCACUUUCCUCCCCAGUGGAGGCCCAAAGGAGCUAAUAAUAUUCUCCCCUUCUUCGUUUUAUAUUUACACAACCCUGUAAGGAUAGGGAGGCUGUCAGGUGGAGAAACAGAGCAGGGAGGGGGGUUCAGGGGAAAGUGAGGUAGCCCCUACAAGUCCUUGUAGGUUUUCCACCAGGCAUCUAGGCCUGCCCCAGCCCCAGCAACUGGCACUGCAUAAAGUUUUCCCAGGCUGCCAGGGAAGGGAAGGAAGGAAAGCUGAAGAUAGGGUGGCAGCUAAAGGUAGAUUUGGCUGAUGGAUUGGAAAGAGAGAAGAAAGCAGGAAAAGGGGAAAGGGUAUAGGAACUUUCAGGGGAGAGGGAAUGGAAAUAAUGGGGGUGGAAAUGAGAUGGUCACCCACAAGCCACUGUGGGUUCUAUGCUUGAAUGCGUGUGUACUCUUUCUCAUACAGUAUCAUUCAAGGAGCAGCUGUAGCCAGGCAAACACAUCAUAGAGGAUUCUGCUUCUGAUAUGGCCGAGGUCCUUCCUAUCAGGACAGAAGGUUAAUUUAUGGAACUCACUGCUAUGAGUCAUGACAAUAGAAUGUGACUUAAAAGGGAGCAAGACAAAUUGAUGAAGGAUGGGUCUAUCCCUUAAAUGCAGACACAAUAGCUAAGUAAAGCUUUCACGGUACACAGUACACUGCUGAAUACCAACUGCUGGAGAAAAACCAGUGGAGCAAUACUACUAUUCCUUAUACUCCAACUUGUGGGUUUAUUGCAAGAACCUUACUGGUCACUGUAGAAAACAAGAUACUGUACUAGAAGGACCAUUUGAUCUAAUUCAGCAGGUUUCUUCUUUAUGUUCUCUCAUUUAUCGCUAUGGAAGGGACAUCUGCCGGAUGAGAAACUGCAAAGGGUCAAAGGGGCUGAGCAAUUCAUUGGCAUGUGGGUCACAGAUCAACCCCCCUGCAAUAUAAUUUAGGAUAUAUAUGUGCUAAUGUCUACCUAAAGCUAACUCAGGAAGCAAUAGUAAGAUGCAAGCAACCAUGACUUUAUUCUCAUCAGGAAACAAAACUUGUAAUGAAAAAAACCUUUGUUGGCCAUGGUGUAUUUUAUUGCGUAUUUUUUCCAUCUGCUUUAAUUGUACAUGCGCUGAAAUAAUCACAAAACAUCAAUAUUUUCCACGUGCAAAAUUACAUCCCGCCCCGCCCCCCGCCCCAUCACAACAUUCACAACACAAAUUUCAGUGUUGGACCUGCCAACCACUCUGUUCACAAAAUAUAUAUAUAAACCUGUGUAUUUACAAACUUACAGAAAUCAAAGCAGUAUUUUUUUGUGACAGUUGACUGACGAAUCAGCAAAGAGACAGUUAAGAAAAUCGCAUUUAACUGACAAAGAACAAGUCUUUCAGCCAAAAAACUUUCCUCUCUCCUGAUUCAUUAUUAUUAGUGGAA